AUUUAUUCUUCUAUUUAUUUAUUAGCCAGUUGUGGACAAAUUUUCAUUUUUAUUUUAAGCGAGGGUUUUACUCUUAAUUCCAGUCUGCUUUUCUCAACUUAUCCAAUACGCUUGCAGCUGAGGGUGGGAGCAAGCGAACGGAUGAAUGGAUGGAUAAAAUUAUUUAAUCGAGGAUUGGAUGGGUAGAUAAUACCCAACUUUUUUUGGUGGCCCUCUUAUUAUUUAAUUAAAUUUUCUGGGUUACUUUAUUUCCGACAUCUUUGUCUCUCUUCAUCCUCUUAGCCAACCAACUUAUAUUACGCUAUACUUUGUUUAUCCUCUUUCUCUCCCCCUUUUUAUUUUUAUUAUUAUUUCAGGGUAGCCUCAAAACAAAUUCGGGGGCAAUGAGCAGCGGCUUCGGGGCAGACUUUCAAUUCAACCAACACAAUGACCAAAGUGGCGAGGCCGACGGCAAAGACAAAGUAGUGUGCAGAGACGGCCGUGUCUUCCAUGCCUGCGAAAUAUGCCGCAAGCGGCGGUCGCGCUGCGACGGUAACAAGCCAAAGUGUACGUCGUGCGAGAAACGCGGGCUCAACUGCGAGUACAGAGCGAUGCGGAAGCGCGGACGCCACGGCAAAAGAGCCCUCCCAUUUUCAACUGGAACCGGUUUGAUCGAUGUUGAAAUGACCGGCGAUGGUGACUCGUGGUCAUUGGGCUCGUCUGCCAGCACCAUUGGCUCGAGGCCGCUGACUGCGUCGACGCUGGGCGGCGGCAGUGGUGGAAGCGCUGGCAUUGCGGCGAUGCAUGGUGACCCGACGAUGAGCCUGCUGGACUCGUUUCCGCCCUUUUUCUCUAUUCCCUCAGACAUAUCUAUGGCCGACGAGGGCAGCCAUGGUCGUGGUAAUUCGGUGGCGAUGGACUCGAUUAUCAGCGCCAUGGCUUCCCCUCCAGCGACGAGCAGCGGGGUUGGUGAGAGCAGUAGGAAUCCAUUGGCCAUGCAGGGCCCAGCAGAUUUGUUCAUUAGCGCAUCCCUGCGCGGUUCUGCCAUAGUAGAACGCUCUGCCCUGACAUCUGCCUUCCUCGAGUCAAUUAACAGCCAGCAGCAGCAGCAGCACCACAGGCAGUCCGUGUUUCUGGGCUCACCAUCGCCACUGCUGCCUCCACCUCCUCCUCCGCCGCCAAUGACAUUCCGCUCGCUCUCGCACUCUAGUAGUAUGUUUGAUUCGCAAUCGAUAUGCACCCAAUCGCCAGUGCCGUCAUCCGUGGGCUCGUCCCUAUCAAUGGUGACAGGAAUGGCCUCCCCCAUUGGCCUCGGCGGCAUGAUGCAGACCACCUCGGCGAACAGCAGCUUGGGACCUGGCCAGUCUGCGUUUGCUGUGCACCAGCAGCCAUACCACCAGUCAAAUACAUACGGAUUCAGCCACAAUAAUCAGCAUCAGCAUCGGUCGCAUAAUCAACAGCAGCAGAAUCCGCUUGCGCCUUCGAUCCAGCAGUCAAUGUCGACAUCAACUGUCAAAGCACCAGAGGUCACUGUGGCGGAUGUUGCAGUGGCGGCUGAAUUCCAGUUUUCGCCGCCGCAUUUGUCUAUGGUUCCAAAUACGCCGUUAGGCAAUAUCAACAUGAAUUACAGCAACAGCAUCAAUAGCAGCAACGGCGGAAACAGUGGAAGCGAUGCCUCCGCUGGGAACAACACGUUUAGCCGCAGUGAGCAGGAGGUGGCCGCUGCUUUGCUGGAAACGCACCCCUUGCAGACCCAAACUGCUGCUCAUUCACAAGCCACACCAGCUGCUGCGACGGCAGGAGUGAUCGGCUCUGUGCCCGGACACGGGCCGAGCAGCAGCGCGCGCAUGCGGAGAAACGGCCUAGGGGUAUGGACGAUGAUCGAUCCCGCAGGUACCACGGAUAGUGCUGCUGCCACGGAGGGUGCCGAGGGUAGCACGGGAACCAGGCGCCAGCGCAGCGGCGAGUGCAGCCGGACAAUCGUCGAGGAAGAAGAGGUGCUUGAUGGGCUAAACGCCGACGGUGCGGAUAACUUUGGCAGGCCGCUUUUUGACGUCACCUCGUACCCUCCGCCGGCGGCCGGAGAGCUGGAGGAGCACAUGAACGGGAUCUUCGAGUAUUUCUACAUGGGCGUACAGACGCUGCACAAGCCGUCGUUCCGCAAGCGCGCGACCAGCGGACUGGUCUCGCCCGUGCUGAUCUAUGCCAUUAUGGCUGUGGCCAGCCGCUACUCGCGGCGCCCCAGCCUGCACUCCCUUAACGGCAUGGCAUUCCUUAACGGCGACCGCCACGCAUCGACAGCCUGCGGGCUGGCCAGCAUCCAGCUGAACCACGGCGACCUCGGAACUGUCGACACGAUCCACGGCAUGCUAUUCCUCUCGGUUUACUUUAUGGGCCAGGGCAACAUGCUCAAGUCGCGCAUGUAUCUGGUCAAGGCCGUGUGCACAGCGCGAACUAUGGGGUUUCAGAAUAUGGACGCGACCUUUCUGGCGUCCAGCCCGAUGAUCGCCUUCAGCGGAACCUUUGACCGCCAGCAUGAGGUCAAGUCGUUGCUGCCUGGCGCCUGCUCGUGUCCAAAAUCGGUCAGCGAUCUGGUGGAGCUGGAGACAAAGCGCCGGAUCUGGUGGUUCCUCGUCUUUGUCGAUUAUUUCACUGCCAAUGUCAUGAAUGUGCCACUGGAGAUCCCGCCCGACUCGUACUGUGUGCGCCUGCCGUGCAGUGAUGAGGAGUGGGUGAGCGAUACGCUGAGCAUUGGGAAUCCUGAUGACCCAAUUCCGCCGUACCAGCCAUACCAUCAGCAGCAGCAGCAAAAUAACCAGAACCAGGGGACGAUUGCAGGCAGCAGUAGCAACAAUGCUGCUGCCGGGUCGCUCGGCGACUUUCUCUCUCAACAGCAGCAGCAGCAUCCCAACAUCCCGAUUGACAUCAUCUUGCCGCGCGACCUCGGCUUUGGAGACCGCGUGUCAUCGGCGCAGCAGGGUGCCGAGUACUUACGGCUCAACGGCAUCCACGACUGCCACCCACCCUGGCUCUACCACCCGGGUGCAUUCUACCUCGAGCGGCUAAUGAUUGAGUUCUGCGACCACCUGCGGCGACUGAACAACUUGCGCGCGCUAGCCAUCCGCUCUUUCUUCCAUGUAAACCCGAUUUUUCUCGACGAGAGCUACCCCUACCUGAGGCGGCGGCGACAGGUUGUCUCGUGGGCAGAUCGGCUGGAGAAAGUCAAGGCCUCGUGGUCAUGGCUGCACCUGCAGCUCAACAAAUGGCUCGACUCCAUCUUGCUGCGCUUCUCCGAGGUCAUCAACCGAGUACCUUCGGACCAGUAUAACCGCCAGUAUCGCCACCAGUAUUAUUAUUAUCUAAUCGCCGCACACUCGACUAUCAUAAUGUCGCAUGGUGUUAUUCUGCAAUUGUACACGGACUUUUCGCGCUAUAUUCGCCAGCAGCAAGAGCAGGAGCUGCUCCAGCAGCAACUGUACCAUCAGCAGCAGCAGCAAGAGCAGAUGCGCAGCCAGUCGCAGACUCCCGCAUACGGUCACUCGGCUUUUUCAGCGGCCAUGCCCGCUGACCCAGCAACGCUGCUUGGUGCAGCAAACAGCCACAUACCAGUGUCAGCGGCAGCGGCAGCGCGGCCCUCGUGGCUAUGCCCAGGCGCGCACACACCGCCAGUGGACUAUAGUAACGGCUGUGGUAUGCUGCUGAGUGAGGGCCUGUCAGAGUUUGCCAUCGGCACGCUAGGCAGCACCAUGCCGUCGCUCAUGAACAUUGCGCAGGGUCUGGCGGCCAAUGGGGGCAGCAGCAGCAACGGCAGCAUGCAGGGGUCAUCGAUCUAUGGCAGCGUCAUGGGCAGCCCGGUGAGCGGCAGCGGUAUGAACAUCAACGGCAACAAUGGUACCUACAAUCAUGGAGGCGCAGCAGCGGGGCUUGACGACAUGCUGCACACGGGGUUUGGUAGCUUUGGAAACAUGCUGCCAAUGCCUGGGCCAGCCAAUAAUAAUAAAGGACCGCAGUCAGUGCUGAAUGGGCCUAAUGCCGCCAGCAGCAUCCUGUGCGACCUCUCAGACAUGGCCAUGCUCGCCUGGGACGGCUGCGUGUCGACAGCCGACCAGCUGGCAUCGAUCCUGCGCGGCAAGCACCCCAAGUUCGUGCUUCUCGGCAGCCUGCCCCUGGAGGUCUUCCGCGAGCAGGUCCUGUCGGGUGACGCCAACAUUCUGUCGCAGCCAGGCUCGGCGUUCAACGCUCCAGGCACGGGACCUGGUGCCGACAACCCCAUACUGUCCGACCCCGACUUUUACAUGCGCUUGCAGCCGUCGACCGCCUGGUGGAUGUUUCUUGUCGCGCAGGUGCAGGUUGGCCACAUUAAGCGCUUGCUCAAGGAGAGCGAGGGGUCAUUCAAGGUACAGGCCAAGCGCAAGGCGCGCGCUGCCAAGGCUGCGACCACCGAUCCAGUGGCAACUGGCAGAUCGGACGACCCGUUAGACUCAACAAUGGCACCUGCAGAGUCAAUGGCUGUCAAUAGCAGCCAGCAGACUCCUCCCGCCGCUGCAGCUGCAGCUACCGACGCUGCAGCCUCUGCAUCCAUGUUUGUCCCACCCGGAGAUGGCUCUAGCAACAUGCCAGCAAUGGAUGGCAACGCCGAGCAGCUGCUGGGAAUGAGCCAGCGGCUGCAAAAGCCAGCCAACCGCAUGCAGCCACUGUCGACCAGCAUGAACAACUCGGCCAUAAUGCUGGCCACCGCCAUGCAUAUGUCCAAUGCUGCGCCGGCGCCGCCUACGCGCCAGGCAAUGGAGGACCGUGCAUCGCUGAAAACCAAGGCCUUGCGGCUGGUGCGCGCCUAUGAGAACCUGUCGUGUAUGGUAAAGGUGCUUGAGGGCAUGCAGCAGUACUGGCAGUGCAUGGACUAUGUCAGUGUCAUCCAGGAUAUUCUUAAGGGAUCCGAGCGGCCGCUUCACUAGAGUAUUGGUUUUGUAAAUGUCACCAAUGUCACCUCUUUGUGUGUGUGUUGAGUAUAGAUAUUCUGUACUUUGUAAUUGCGUAAAACUGGGGUUCG